GCGACAGACAUAUCCUUGCAUCGGUCACAAAAGCCAACUUGUUCUCGUUUUCGACUCAAACUGACGCGUUUGUUCUGUGUCUUUCACUGUGACUCGAGUUCUUCUGUGGUCUGCUAUUGUGCCUUCGUGUCCGAACGAUCGAGGACAACUAUUUCCUUCUCUUCAGGAAUAUCGCCGUUAGUACACAGUGAGAAUUUAACAACAGCCAUCGAUUACCAGUAGUUCGAGUUUGAAGGUCACCGGCCUCUAGUGUUCGACAUCAUCAUGGCUAACAAUCCUUUACCAUACAGAAGACUUUUAUGGGGAGUUGCCUUGCUGUUACUAGCUACGGAUACGGAGGAAAGGGCAUUUCCAAGAAAUCCAGAAUUCAUCGCAGAUGACGAUCUGCUAAAUCAACCGGAGCUAGAGCCUGUUUACAACGAGGGAAUGUUAGUUGGUUACUCUCCCAUUCAAGACGAUUCAAGUGGUGUAGGCAUUGAAGUCAUAACUUCUGCACCAGUAAACAACUCUGAAAGUAAAACUCCACUUCUUCCCACACCAAUAGCCACGGUGAUAGCUAGCGAAACCCCGCCUCCUAAGCAAGCGCAGAAAGUUACCGAUGACAUAAGCGACAGCUUGGAAAAUGGUGAAGAUCCCUCUGAGCCCGGCACAGGCGACAUAAUAGAUAUCAUAGAUGUUGAACCAACUACUGCUCCUAUAAGAAAACCCUCUACUAAAAAGGAAAGAACAGCAAUUCCCCCAGUGGUUCAAACAACCAAACCAAACUCACAAAAAGGAAAAACAGAAGUUAGCCUUGCCACGGAUGACAUUAUUGACAUCGUGGGAAAUGGAGCAGAACCAACCGAGCCUUCAAUUGACUUCACAGACGUUAAGCACACCACAACUGAAGGACAAACAACAGCUGGACCUACUGAAGGGAGGACGACAGCUGUGCCCACUGAGAAACAAACAAAAGUUGUAAAAAUAACAGCGGCACCAACGGUAAAAGUUACCACAGGUGCACUAACAGAGGAGGAAACAAAAGCUGCACCGACUGAAGGAAAAAAAACAGUUGCGCCAACUGACGAGGUACUCACAGCUGCACCAACUGAGGAACAAAGAACGGCUACACCAACUGAGGGAGAAACAACAGCUCCACCACCAGAGGUAAUAACAACAGCUGCACCAACUGAAGAACAAAGAGAAGACACAACUGAAAAAGUGCCUACAGCUGUAAAAACAGAAGAGAAAAUAACAGUACCAGCUUCUCAAGAAGUUACAACGGCCACGCCUUCUGAAGAAGAAACAACAACUGCACCAACUGAGGCAACAACCACUGCACCAACAGAAGAUAUCAAAACUACACCUACUGAAGAACAAACAACAGCUGCACCUUCUGAGGAGGCAACAGCAGCUACUGAAAAAAAAACAACAGUUGAACCUACUGAAGAGCAAGAAACAUCUCCACCAAGUGAAGAACGAACGACAGUUACACCAACUGAAGAACAAAAAACAGCUGCUCUAACUGAGGAAGAAAAAACGAUAGCAUCUACUGUACAAGAAACAACAACUGCGAUUGAUGAAGACAAAACGACAGCUGCACCAACUCAAAAGGUAAAUACAGAUGAGCCUACCGAAGAAGAAACAACAGAUGCACCAACUCAGAGAGUAACAACAGCCCAACCUACGGCUGUAUCAACCACGGAAAAAACAACAACUGUGCCCCUUGAAGAAAAAACAACAGCUGCACCAAUUGAGGAAGAAAAAACAGCUGCACCAAGCGAAGAAGAAACAACCGAUGCACUAACAGGGGAAAAAACAAGCGCAGCACCAACUGAGGAAAAAAUAACCGCUGCACCAAAAGAAGAAACAACAACUGUAUCAACUAAGGAGGUGACAACUGCUGUACCAACUGAGGAGGAAAUAACCGCCGCACCAACUGAGGAAAAAGCCACACCCACACCUACUGAAGAAACAUCAAUAGCCGCAUCAACAAAGAAAGAAAAAACAACUGCACCAACUGAGAAAGAAACAACGGCUGUACCGACAGAGGAAGAAACAACGGCUGCACCAACCAUGGAAGGAACAGCAACUUUACCAACUGAGGAACAUACAACGGCUGCACCAAAUGAGAAAGAAACAACAGCUCCAGCUUCUGUGGAUAAAACAAACACUACGCCAACUGAGAGGGAAACAACAGCUGCAACAACUGAGGGAGCAACAAAGCCUGCACCAACUAAAGAAGAAACAACAGCUGCACCAACUGAAGAAGAAACAAACGCUGCAUCAACGGAGGAAGAAGCAACCCCGGCACUCAUUAGCGAAGCAACAAAGGCUGCUCCCAAUAAGGAAGAAACGACAGCUACACCUACUGAAGAGGCAAUAACAGCUGCACCAUCAAAGGAAGUAAGGACAUUUCUACCUACUGAAGAAGUAACAACACUAGCACCAAUUGAGGAAAAAACAACAGCAAUACCAAUUGAGGAAAAAACAACUGCAGCACCAGCUGAGGAAAAAGCAACGGCUGCAGCUACUGAAGAAGUGACAACAUUUCUACCUACUGAGGAAGUUACAUCUCCACCUAGUGAAAAAGUGACAACAGCCACUUUAACCGAGGAAGAAACAACAGCUGCACCAACUGAGGACGAUACAACAGCUACACCAAAAGAGAUAAAGACAACCGCUGCCCCAUCUGAGAAAAAAACAGCUGCACCAACUGAGGAAGCAGUUACAGCUGCACCAACAGAGGAAGCAACAACAGCUGCACCAACAGAGGAGGAAAUAACAGCUGCACCAACUGAGGAAGAAACAACGGCUGCCCUCUCUGAGGAAGCAAAAACAGAUGCACCAACUGAGGAAGAAACAACAGCUACCUCAAAGGCAAAAAAACCGAGCGCAGCAUCCACUGAGGAAGCAACAACUGCUGCACCAACAAAGGAGGAAACAACGCUCGCAGCAACUGAGGAAGAAACAACCGCUUCCCCAUCUGAGAAAAAAACAACUGCUGCACCAAUUGAGGAAGAAACAAAACCUACCCCAAAAGAGAAAAAAACAAGCGCUGCACCAACUGAGGAAGAAACAACGGCUGCUCCAACUGAAGAAAUAACGACAGCUACACCAAAUGGGGACGAAGUAACAGCUGCCCCUACUGAGGAAAAAACAACGGCUACAUCAACUGAGGAAAAAAGCACUGCUGCUACUACUGAGGACGUGACCACAUCUUCACCUACCGAGACGGUAACAUUUCCUCUAAGUGAAGAAGUGACAACAGCUACUUUAACUGUGAAAGAAACAACAGCUGCACCAAAAGGGGUAGAGACAACAACUGCCCCAUCUGAAAAAGCAAUAACAGCUGCACCAGAAGAGGAACAAACAACAGCUGCACCAAUAGAGAAGGAAACAAUGACUGUACCAACUGAGGAAGAAACAACCGCUGCCCCAUCUGAAAAAGCAACAGCUGCACCAACAGAGGAGGAAUCAACUGCUACAACAACGGAAGAAGCAUCAACGGCUGCACCAACAGAGGAGGAAACAACAUCUACUCCAACUGAGGAAGAAACAACCGCUGCUCCAUCUGAGGAGCCAACAACAGCUGCACCAAUAGAAGAAGAAACAACAGCUGCACAAAAAGAGGAAAAAUCAAGCACUGCACCAACCGAGGGAGCAACAACAGCUGCACCAACAGAGGUAGAGACAACGUCUGCACCAACUGAGGAAGAAACAACUGCUGCCCCAUCUGGGAAGGCAACAGCUGCACCAACAGAGGAGAAAACAACGUCUGCACCAACUGAGGAAGAAACAACUGCUGCCCCAUCUGGGAAGGCAACAGCUGCACCAACAGAGGAGGAAACAACGACUACACCAACUGAAGGAGCAUCAACAGCUGUACCAACAGAGGAGGAAACAACAGCUGCACAAAAAGAGGAAAAAACAACUGCUGCCCCAUCUGUGAAAGUAACAGCUGCACCAACAGAGGAGAAAACAACGGCUGCACCAACUGAGGAAGCAUCAACAGCUGCACCAACAGAGGUAGAAACAACAGCUGCACCAACUGAGGAAGAAAUAACUGCUGCCCCAUCUGGGAAAGUAACAGCUGCACCAACAGAGGAGGAAACAACGGCUGCACCAACUGAGGAAGCAUCAACAGCUGCAUCAACAGAGGAGGAAACAACAACUGCACCAACUGAGGAAGCAACAACAGCUGCACCAAUAGAGGAGGAAACAACAGCUGCACCAACUGAGGAAGAAACAACCCCUGCUCUAUCUGAGGAGCCAACAACAGCUGCAGCAAAUGAGGAGGAAACGACAGCUGCCCAAAAAGAGAAAAAAACAAGCGCUGCAACAACUGAGGAAGCAACAACAGCUGCACCAACAAAGGAAGAAAUAACGGCUGCACCAACUGAGGAAGCAUCAACACCUGCACCAAUAGAGGAGGAAAGAACGGCUGCACCGACGGAAGAAGAAACAACUGCUGCCCCAUCUGAGAAAGCAACAGCUGCUGCAACAGAGGAAGAAACAACCGCUGCCCCACCUGAGGAAGCAACAACAGCUGCACCAACUGAGGAAGAAACAACAGUUCCCUCAACUGAAGGAAAAACAACAGCUGCACCAACUGAGGACAAAACAACGUCUGCACAAAGCGGGAAAGAAACAAGUGCUGCACCAACUCUGAAAGAAACAACGGCUGCCUCAACUGAGGAAGAAACAACAGCUGAAGCAACUGAGGAAGCAACAAAAGCUGUACCAACUAAGGAAGUAACCACAGCUACAUCAUUUGAGGAAGCAUCCACAUUUUCACCAACUGAACGAGUAACAACAUCAUCUACUGAUGAAGAACAAACAACAGGUGCUCCUACUGACAAAGAGACUACAGCUGACGAUAUAACAACAGCUGUAUUUAAAACUACUGAAAAAGCAACAACGGCUGCAUUUACUGAAGAACAAACAACAACUACAUCUACCGUAAAGCAAACAACUCCUGCACCAAGUAAGGAGAUCAAAAAGACUACAGCAAGCAAAGAACAAACAAUUGCUGCCUCAACAAGGAAAGCAACGACAUCUCCACCUACAGAUAAAGUAGCAACUGAUGAUGAAGCAAUAACAAUUAGAACUACUAGCAAGGCAACACGUAUUGCAUCAACAUCAGCUAUCCAAACUACAGGAGCAAUAUUGGCCGUUAUAACUGUUCCUCCUCCCGAUGUAUCAGGCCAGGAACUGGCUUCGACAGCCAAGCCAAGUACUUUAGUGCAAGAAACCACAGAGGUAACGAAAAAAGCAGCUUCAACCACUAAGAAAGUAAUAACAGCUGCACCUAUUGAUGAAACAACCUCAGUCAAAGCUACUGGAGGUGCAAUAACAGAAACACCUACUAAGGAAGUAACUACAGUUGCACCAACCGAGGAAGUAAUAACAGCAGGACCUCCUGAGAGAGUAACAACAGUUGCACCUAUUGAGGAGAAAACAACAGUAGCAUCUACCAAGGAAAGAACAACAGUUGUAACUACUGGGGAGAUAACAACGGCUGCACCUACUGAGAAAGUAUCAACAAGAGCACCAACUCAGGGAAUGACAAGUGCUGUGGCAACUGAGGAAAUAACAGCUGAACCUGUGAUGGAGACAAGCACGCCUUCCCCUACUGAGGAAGCAAAAACGCCUUCGGCAACUGAGGAAGCAACAACGGGUGAACUUAUUAAGGAAAUAACGACAGUUGGACCUACUGAGAAAGAAACAACGGCUACAACAACUGAGGAAGCAACAACAGCUGCACCUACCAAGGAAAGAAAAACAACUGUGCCAGCUGAGGGAACAACAACAAUAGGUGUAACUGAGAAGGUAACAACGGCUGAACGUGUUGCGGAGACAACUGAAGCUGCACCAACUGAGAAACAAACAACGACUGCACCAACCAUGGCAGAAACAACAGCUGCACCAACCGAAGAAAUAACAACGGCUGCAUCAACCGAGGAAAAAACAACAGCUGCACUAACUGAGGAACAAACAACAGUUACUAUGACUGACGAACAAACAACAGCUGCACCAACCGAGGAAGAAACAACACCUGCACCAACUGAAGAACUAACAACACCCGCACCUUCUCAAAAAGUAACAACGGCCGUAUCAACUGAGGAAAUAACAAAAACCGCAAUAACUGAGAAACUAACAACGGCUGCACCAACUAAAAAACAAACAACAUUAGAACCAACUGAAGACCAAACGACGGCUUCACCAACUGAAAAAGAAACAACGGCGGCACUAACACAAGAAAUAACAACAGCUGCACCAAGUGAGGAGGAAACAACAGCCGCACCAACUGAAGACCAAACAACAGCUUCACCAACUGAAAAAAAAACAACGGCGGAACCAACUGAAGAAGGUACAACGGCGGCACCGACUGGGGAGGAAACAACAGUUGCACCAACUGAGAAACAAACAACGCUAGCACCAACUGAAGAAGGUACAACGGCGGGACCAACAAAAGAAGGUACAACGGCUACACCAACUGGGGAGGAAAUAAAAGCUGUACCAACUAAAGAACAAACAACAGCUUCACCAUCUGCAAAAGAAACAACAGCAGCACCAACCGAGGAACAAACAACACUUGCACCAACAGAAAAAGAAACAACAACAACACCAACUAGGGAACAAACAACAGCUGUACCAACUGAGGGAGAAACAACAGUUGCACCGACUGAAAGACAAACAACGGCGGCAGCAACUGAAGAUAUAACAACAGCUGCCCCAACUGAGAAACAAACAACAGCUACACCAACUGAAGACCAAACAACAGUCUCACCAACUGAAAAAGAAACAACAGUGGCACUAACUGAAAAAGAAACGGUGGAACCAACUGAAGAAUUGACAUCAGUUGCACCAACUGAGGAAGAAACAACAGUUGCGCCAACUGAAAAACAAACAACGGCGACACCAACUAAAGAAAUAACAACAGUCGCGCCAACUGAGGAAGAAACAACAGCUGCAACAACUGAAAAAGAAACAACGGCGGAACCAACUGAAGAAAUUACAACAGUUGCACCAACUGAGGAACAAACAACGCCUGCACCAACUGAAGAAGGAACAACGGCGGCAUCAAGUGAGGAAGAAACAACAGCUGCACCAACUGAAGACCAAACUACUGCUUCACCAACUGAAAGAGAAACAACGGCGGCACCAACUAAGGAACAAACAACACUUGCACCAACUGACGAAAAAACAACUGCAGCACCAACUAAGGAAGAAACAACAGUUUCACCGACUGAAAAACAAACAACGGCGGCAGCAAUUGAGGAAGUAACAACAGCUGCAACAACUGAAGACCAAACAACAGCUUCACCAACUGAUAAAGAAUCAACAGCGGCACCAACUGAGGAAGAAACAACAGUCUCACCAACUGAAAAACAAACAACAAAGGCAGAAACAGAAGAAAAAACAACCGUUGCACCAACUGAGGAAGAAACAACAGCUGCACCAACCGAGGACCAAACAACAGCUUUACCAACUGAGCAAACGACAGCUGCACCAACUGAGGAAGAUACAUCGGCUGCACCAACAGAGGAGGAAACCACGGCUGCACCAACUGAGAAGGAAACACCAAUUGCACCAACUGAGGAGCAAACGACAGCUGCACCAACUGAGGAAGAUACAAUGGCCGCACCAAUUGAGGAGGAAACAACAGUUUCACCGACUGAAAAAGAAACAACGACGGCACCAACUAAGGAGGAAACAACAGCUGCACCGACUAAGGAAGAAACCACGGCUGUAGCAACUGAGGAAGAAACGACGGCUGCGCCAACUGAGGAACAAACAACACCUGUAGUAACAGAGGAAGAAACAACGGCCGCACCAACUGAAGACCAAACAACAGCCUCACCAACUAAAAAAGAAACAACGACGGCACCAACUAAGGAGGAAACAACAGCUGCACCAACUAAGGAACAAACCACGGCUGCAGCAACUGAGGAAGAAACGACAGCUACACCAACUGCGGAAGAAACAACGGCUGCACCAACUAAGGAAGAAACAACAGCUACACCAACUGAGGAAAAAACAACAGCUUCACUAACCACUGUCAGUACCACAAAAAGUGUUUCUUCGCCAAAGCCAACUGUGGAUAUCACAGACAGUCAUGGAGCUGAGAAUGGAAAUGGUAUUGAGAAUGGUAAUGGCACAGCUGUAAUCGGCAGAGGUGAACAGGGUGGCAACAAAACAGAUAACGGAACAGAGCAAUGUAAGGGGACUAUGUGCGAGGAUGGAAAGAUGUGCCGCAUUGUCGAAAAUAAAUCACCCGAAUGUUACUGUCCAACUGAAUGCAAUGACGAUCCCGAUCCCCACUGCUCUGUGUUUCUGGAAGAUUAUCACAACCUGUGCGAGGUUCAUCGCCACGCCUGUAGGAUGCAGAUCAACGUUGCUGUGAGGCACCGUGGACGAUGUGAAGCGUAUGCAAAGGGUCAGCAGAUCUCAAAACUGGUCGACGAGUCCUUCGUUCCAAUCAAUGAAUGUACCGAGGAAGAACUUCUACAGUUUGCAGAACGCUUCCUAGAAUGGGCAAUGAUAAAUAAAGAAAUUUAUGACAGUGAUGAUCCAGCAUCCCUUGAUCUUGAAGGUCUUGUCAACCAGGCAAGGCUGCUUGGAUUUACAUCGUUAGAGAAAACAGAAAUAUUGACGUUCCAAUUUGACGACAUCGAUUCAAACGGAGAUGGCUUUCUAGAUAAAGGUGAAGUUGAUGCUAUGAUGGCGCAUAUUCCUCACGAGGAAUGCCUGUUUGGGUUCAUGAUUUCGUCUGACUUGGACGGGGAUCACAAGCUUAACAAAAAGGAAUGGUUUGACUCCUUCAAGUAUGUUGAAAAUGCAGUAGAAGAAGACGAAGAAAUAGACAGCUAACUUAUUAUAAUUAAUAACAAUAAUGAUAAUAAUAAUAACUAAUUAAUAACACAACCAACUAUCGCUCAGCGCUUUACAAUGCUUUAGUUCGUUGCAACAUGAACGUUACCACGGCAGGCGAGGAAAGUUCGAAAUGUUAGCGAGUAAUGACGAAAGUCACGUCUGUAUAUUUCUCUCGAUGAAAAUGUUUAGAGUAACAGGUUUGGUUAAAAUGGAGCUUUCUAUAAGUGUUCAGCUCGGUGAAAUGUCAAAGCAACUCUUCCUCUGCCGUUAUGUUUGGAUUGUGAGUAGAUAUCUAAAGUUUAAAACGAUAACUGUUUCAUUCAAUUUCUUUUAUCCCUAAGUUACGUUAUAUUUUUAAACUAAGCACAGUAACUACGACUUUAUAGUACUUCAUAAUAUAAAUAGAAUUUGCGAUGCUUUUUCUAAUGGCUUUUUAGGAUUAUGCUGUAAUCAUUUUUGGACUGAUGAGUCAGGAUACAAGCAUAUGUCAAAUAAUUCCAAUGGCCAGUGAAUCUAUUUUAAAUUUUUAUAGUUGAUGUUUUGUCUCUCAUCACUCAAUCAGGAAGCGCUGGCCUGACAUGCAAUGCUACUCCCCUUCCCCCCCCCCCCUCCCUCCCUCAGCCUUCAAAACACUGUCAGGCCAGUUGGUUCUCUUUGAGAGCUUUUGUGUAUUAAAAAUGAAGCUGUGAUUAUUUUAUGGUGCAGAAGCCUUAGAAAUGAGGUGUGCUCAUAUCUUCACAGUAUCUGUACCUUAAGGAAGAAGCACCAAGCUCUUAGUUGGUUACCACAAAGAAAUAUGCAAAAAAGUUCUUGAGAUGAAAUACUUUAAAUUACAAGGAUAGAUUUGAGAAUGAUUCCAUUUCAGUGAAUUCAAAUCUUCUGGACAAAUAUUAAUUAUUAAGUAGGAGCUGUCGCAAUUUAAGGAAGCAUGGGAGAUAUAAUAUUUAUAUCUCAUGUGCAUGAUAUUAUUUUUCUCUUUUGUGAAAGAGGUCUAGUGAUGGCAGUCUCAUAAUACACAUUCUGCUGUUUUGGCAGUAUGCCUGGACCUCAAAAUCCAGGAUAUUAAAAUGUUGUUACUGGAUGUGGAUUUUGAAUAGCCAUUGUUUAUUUCAUACAGUUUUAAAAAUGAGUAUACAUUAGAUAAUGUUACUGAAUAGGGAAUACUACCCUCAAACACAAUAGACCUGAUUCAAUAUUUCCGCUCCUAGUAAUGAAGCAAAGAAAAUUUGGUGUUUUCCUGGAUAGAUAACACCCUCUAGCUGAUGUGCUUGUUUUAUUGCAAAUCAUUUUGUGGGAUAAAAGAUAUUUUUAUAAGGAGAAGUAAGAUUUGUCAAUCAAGUAUGGGACUUGAAGAGGUGGGGAACUUUAAGGCCAUGGAGUUAAAGCCUUUGUGUCCCCCCUGAACACUUUAUAGGGAUUUGAAAGCUGAAUCAGGAGGAUAGUAGGUGGCCGCAAUGUUCCAGAAGCAACUAGUAUCUUUGAUGGUAGUUCUUUUGGAAGCUUGUUCUAAAAUAAAGUGUCUAGCUUAAAUUAAAAAACACCAGGUGUGCCUGCAUUCAAAACCGAAUUUUGUGGUGUAAUAUUAAUAUGCCUUUGACACCUGGUUUCAUAGCUGCUUUUCUUUUGUUCUGUUAAACUCAUUAAACCAUGCUGUAGCCAUUGAGUUGAUAUGACCAUGUGAUUUUUAGAGGAAUAUAUUAGGAAAAUUUUCUAUAUCAAUAGAGGAAAGCUACUUGAAUAGACUAUAUUUCAAAGGCACUCCUAGUGUGAAAAAUGUAGUACCAGUAGUAAUUUUCAGGACCAAUUAUUGACUUAAAAUUUAGCCUCCUAACCCUGAUUGGAUGGCAGGAAAAUAGUGAAAACAAAUUUAGUUUUGCCUUGCAAAUAUCUUUGUGCUAUUUAAGAACCACCUUAAGCAGAAAAGUGAAUAAAAUUGUCAAUUAUGCUACAA